GCGACCCAUGCAAUAACGGCGGCACGUGUCAUGAUGGCAUCAACGAGUUCACGUGCGAGUGUCCACCAGGGUUUAAUGGAACUCUUUGUGAUCAUAAUAUCGACGACUGUCUGGGUGAUCCGUGCAAGAAUGGAGCAAAUUGCACAGAUUUAGUCAACUCCUAUGAAUGUCAUUGUGAAGCGGGUUAUACAGGCCAAAAUUGUACAGUUGAUAUCGACGAGUGUGCGAGCGACCCGUGCAAAUAUGGCGCUACAUGCAACGACGGGGUCAAUAUGUAUAAUUGUACCUGUGUCCCUGGGUACAAUGGUACAAAUUGUGAAUAUGAUAUAAAUGACUGCGUGGGUGAAAAAUGUUUCAAUAAUGGCACCUGUAUUGAUCAAGUUAACAAUUUCACGUGCACGUGCACGACAGGAUGGAAGGGACACGAUUGCAGUGACAAUAUAAAUGAAUGUGAGGAAAAGACCCAUAAAUGUGACAGGAAUGCAAAUUGCACGGAUACAGAAGGAGGAUAUAAUUGCACGUGCUGGGAAGGGUUUACUGGUAACGGAUAUAUGUGUGAUGACAUAGAUGAAUGUGUUCCUGACAGCACGGUAUGCUCUAACAAUGCUACAUGUGUGAACACUCCCGGAGAUCAUAGAUGUGUUUGUGCCCCGGGGUGGACAGGCGACACAUGUUCAGUAGAUAUUAAUGAGUGUAAGGUAGCUUCAGCCUGUGCAAGUAAUUCAAACUGUACAAAUACAAAUGGAAGUUAUACAUGUAAAUGUAAAGAUGGUUACCGUGGUGACGGGUAUCAUAAAUGUAUAGAGGAAGUUUUAAUAGCGAAGGUUAAUGUGGGACACACAGAGUCUGGGGACGAUGAGAUUUUCGGUCCUUACCAUGUAAACAAAAGCUUAUCAUUAUUUGGCCGAAUGUACAAUAAAUUCUACGUCAGUAUCAACGGAUAUAUAACUUUCGGGAAUGUUAUAAACGAAACAUAUCCUCCAGUGACAUCUAGCGGCUGGGACCGAUUUGAAUUCCCAAUAAUUGCACCGUUGUGGGCGGAUAUUGAAAUACAUGGAACGAAUAGUGGUGUCGAAAUUACAAAUGAAUUGAGUGGAAAAGACCUUGAAAAUGUAGCUAAAUAUCUACAAGUUAACAGCCUUAGGACAGGUAUAGUGGUGACUUGGAAGCGAGCCGUACCCUACCCUUACUCACAGAACGCAAAUUUUGAGGCUGCAGAUUUUCAAGUUGUCAUCGGUGCGACAGAAUCCAACACGUAUAUGAUGUUUAACUACGACCAAGAAAUAUUCACGUGGAGGACAUUUUCUGAUAGAAUUGUGGCAGCUGGCUACUAUUUUAAUGACAAGAACAAACUGAUGACAUUAGAUAGUAAUAACUUCACGUCGGCAAAUACGAUGAAUUAUGACUCAA